AACGCUGAUGAGGUACCCCUCAACCAACCUUGACUUAAAUCACGCCAAUCAAACACGAGAACGAGCCAAUAACCUACAAUGAAGUGCCCAUCACCAUUAUUCCUUGUCCUUCUUCUUCUGCAUCUCUCGGCAGCUGUUUCCACUGCUCGAGAUUUUGAUUUCUUCUACUUUGUUCAGCAGUGGCCGGGAUCAUACUGCGACACCAGGAGAAGCUGUUGCUAUCCCAAGACUGGAAAGCCAGCUGCCGACUUCGGAAUCCAUGGUCUUUGGCCCAACAACAAGGAUGGCUCUUACCCAUCCAACUGCGACCCCGACAGCCCUUACGAUAGAUCUAAGAUCAGGGACCUGAUACCUACAAUGCAAGCAAAAUGGCCAACCUUGGCAUGCCCAAGUGGUGAUGGCUCGGAUUUCUGGGAGCACGAAUGGGAGAAGCACGGCACCUGCUCCGAGUCCAUCCUCGAUCAGCACUCAUACUUCCAAGCAGCUCUUAACCUCAAGAAGCGAGCAGACCUCCUUGGAAUCUUGCGAGGCGCAGGAAUUGAGCCAGAUGGUGGAUUCUACAGUGUGGAUAGCAUCACUGGGGCCAUCAGGGAUGCAACUGGUUUCACCCCCGGAGUAGAGUGCAAUGUGGAUGAAUCAAGCAACAGCCAAUUAUAUCAGAUUUACCUAUGUGUGGACACUAAUGCAAGGGAUCUCAUUGAGUGCCCUGUGUAUCCUAGGAGCAAGUGUUCUUCCCGGAUUGAGUUCCCUACAUUCUGAGAUGCUAGCUUGAUUGUUCAGUACUUCGCUUUGCUUUAUUCUGUAUCAACGCAGGGAUAAGAGCAGCUGCUUCUGUUAAUAAAGAUAAAUGAACAUUUUUUUUUUGGUGAA